CAGGUGGAAAGGUUCUUUCACCAUACUUUGGCCCGGACAAACACGCUUCAGCCACACUUGUAGCAGUAGCCACCGGACUGGGCAACCCACUGCUCCCCUUCAUCACCCGCGUUCUAGGACAACAACAGGGUGCGCAGGGCUGCCAUGUCGUCGUACGGGACCCCACCGACUAUUCCGUCUGCUCUGCAGCAGUACAACUCCUACGUCGAGGACCCGAAAUGGCAGAGGAAGUUCUCAGCAAUCUGGGCUGCCGUCGCGGGCGUGGCGAUCUUGCUCUCGCUCCCGCACUUGAUACGGUCGCUGAGGAAGGGCCGGGGCUUGCAAGGUUUAUUCGGCGUCUCGGAAAGCAUUGCCUCGCAGCACUAUGCGACAAUCGGCGACGCGGGGGCGAAGCCACGGACGAGGAAACGAAUUGUGUAUGGUAUUCUUGAGACGAUCUCAGGGUUCUUCUGGUGGAGCAUUCCCGCGGUUGGCCUGAGUCUCGGACAAGUGCUCUUGGUCGCAGGGUACCUUGUGGCAGUGAUAGUAUGUAUAACAACGGAUGUGCCUCUGGUAACAAACCCGAACCGAGCAGGGUUCCUCGCCCUGGCGCAAUUCCCCGUCGUCUACCUCCUCGGCACGAAGAACUCCAUACUCUCUCUUCUGCUCGGUCCCGGAAGUGGCUACGAGCGUCUGAACUUCUUGCACCGCUGGGCCGGCCGUGGCAUGCUGAUCGGCGGCGUGAUCCACGGUUCACUCUGGAUUCGCAAUCACCUGAUAUUCGGCCUGCCUAUUCUCGGCCCGCAGAAGGAGACAUCUGGCGUGGCCUGUCUCGGUCUCCUUUGCGGCAUUACGCUCUUCUCGUUGAAGCCUGUGCGGUACUACUUUUACCAGCUCUUCUUCCUCUCUCACGUCCUCGGCUACGUCGCAUUUACUGUCACGGUCUGCUACCACACGGAGUACGCAUGGCCGUGGGUCUACGCCCCGCUUGCGUUCUACGGCCUCGACAUGCUCUUGAGGCUGUUGAAGUACCGCAUCAAGGAUGCGACCCUCGUGCCAAUAGACCAGAACAUGACUAUAAUCCAUGUUCACGACUGCACGAAGGGCUGGCAACCCGGCCAACACGUCCGCCUGCGGGUCUUCUUCUCCGGACGCAUCUUUGAGUCGCACCCGCUUACCAUCAUGAACGCGCCGUCGCCCGUCUCGUGCGUACCCUCCCAGACACUCUCGCUCGCAGCGAAAGCGAAGGGAGACUGGACGCGCGCGCUGAACGCCUAUGCCAUGGAAGAGCAAACGCGCCUCUGUGGCAGCGAGAAGGGCGAGCAGCUCGGGGUCCCCGUACAGGUCAUGCUCGACGGCCCGUAUGGAGGAUGCAGCGUGGACCUGGGGCGGUACGAGAGUGCGAUCUUGAUCGCAGGGGGCUCCGGAGCGACCUUCACGCUGUCCCUCCUGGACGACAUCGUCGCGCGCUGCGUGAAGUUCGGUCGAUCGGGGGGCGAGCAGACGCGACGCAUCGAGUUCGUUUGGUGCAUCCAGUCUUACAGCUGCAUAAACUGGCACGCGCAGAUGCUCACCGAGCUCGCACACGCUGUCGCCGGCACGUCACUAGACCUCCACAUCUCCAUCUUCGUGACCUGCCUCUGCAACCCCGACGCCGUCCCCGCCAUCCCCAACUCUGACGUCGUCCUCCUCCGGCCCAGCGUCGGCAACCUCCUCCGGCAAUUCGUCACUCCACCAACGGAAGAGGAGAUCGCUGAGCAGCCGAAGUUGGCUUGGGUCGGCCUGGGCGGCGGAGUCGCCGUCUGUGCUGCCGGUCCGGAGUCGCUCACGACGGAAACGCGGAAUGCGGCCGCGAAGCUGAGUCUGACGAGAGGACUGCAGCUUGGCGGUGUGGGGCUGCAUACGGAGACAUACGCUUUAUGAUUUUAGCACCUAUGAGAGUUCGAGUCGGACUGCUCGUGUAUUGUACGACCUUCAUCAUGGAACAUCUGUACGUCAGGAAUACGACAAUACUGCAUUCAAUCGCGGCCUACUAUGAUUACUACUAUUUGACGCAUAUCCGGUGAAUUCGUUGACGUCUGUUUGGCAUCUCCCACAUGCACAUCCGCCGUCUUCGCCUUUCCCUUUAUAUUCGACAUUUUACUCAUCUGGUGACCUUCCCUUUUCAUGAUGGUCAGCCUCAUGAUUUGUUUUAGCAGCUUGCUAGGAACCUACUCCUCCUCUCCGCGUUAUUAGGGGCCCGGGCAGCUGUUUGUCGCCCCUAGUAUGUGCGCGAAAACAACGACUCGGAGUGACCAUUUCUUCCUCCUUCACGUUGAACCGGUUUUCUCAUACUCGUACAAGC